AUGUACCUGGGACUCUGGCCCUAUUCUUGCCCUCUGUUUUUUGCCAUUUCCAGCAGACUUUCAGGACACCAUGGCCUUGCAUCCUCCAAGCUCCAGCUGUGCUUGUACCUCCUGGCCCUACUUUCUCUCAUGCGGUGGAUACAAGCAAUCCCCUUCAAGAUAGGGGUGGUGGGCUCUUGGACAUGUGGUCCAUUUUUCUCAAAGGCACUGCCUGGGGUUGCUGCUGGUUUAGCAAUUAAACGAAUCAGCCGGGACAAGUUAUUUGAUAAAGAGUCACUGUUUUGAAUAUGUGAUUCUUACAAGGAAGACUGCCAGACUUCAAAGGCUCUCUUCACUUUCAUUUCCCACCACCAGAUGGCCUCAGGAUUUGUUGGACCUGCCAACCCUGGCUGCUGCGAGGGAGCCUCACUCCUAGGAAACAGCUAGGACAAAGGGAUAUUCUCUUGGGCCUGUGUGAAUCACGAAUUAGAUAAUAAAUACAGAUAACCAAUAUUUUCUAGGACACUCCCUUCUCCUAUUCGAGUACUUUUAACAGUCAUGAAAUAUUUCCAUGCUCAUGCUGGGGUGAUUGCCUCAGAUGAAGACAUCUGGGUUCAUACAGCAGUCUCAAGUGCUCUUCAGAGCCACGGCCUACCUGUAGGGGUCAUCCUGACCACAGGACAAGACAGCCAAAGCAUUCAGAAAGCGCUCCAGGGGAUUCACCAGGCAGACAUAAUUCGCACAAUCAUCAUGUGUAUGCAUUUGGCUUUGACUGGGGGAGAGACCCAGACUCGAUUCUUGGAAUAGGUUCAUGAUCUGAAAAUGACUGAUGGGACUUAGGUCUUUGUUCCCCAUGAUGCUCUGCUCUAUAGUUUACCUUAUAAGCACACCCCCUACCAGGUCCUGAGGAACAAUGCAGAGCUCCAGGAAGCAUAUGAUGAUGCGUUGACUAUUACAGUAGGUUCCCAAGAAAAGACCUUCUACGAAGCCUACACAGAAGCUGCAGCUAGUGGGGAAAUUCCCGAGAAGCUGGAAUCACAUCAAGUUUCACCGUUGUUUGGAACCAUCUACAAUUCAAUUUAUUUUAUCGCAUAAGCCAUGAAUAAUGCUAUGAAAGAAAAUGGACGGGCUAGUGCUGCCAGCCUGGUUCAGCAUUCCAGAAACAUGCAGUUCUAUGGACUCAACCAGUUGGUAAGUACAGAUUCAAAUGGAAAUGGAAUUUCUGAAUAUGUAAUCCUGGACACCAACUGGGAAGAAUGGUUACUCCGUGGCACCCACACUGUGGACAUGGAAACAGAACUGCUACAGUUCAGAGGAACCCCUAUUCACUUUCCUGGUGGCAGGCCCCCUAGAGCAGAUGCAAAAUGCUGGUUUGCAGAAGGGAAGAUCUGCUGAGGAGGUAAGGAAUCACUGGUCAUCAAUCCCACCUUAGCCAUGAUGGUCUGCCUUGCUUUGCUUAUAGUUUUGCUGUGUAUUAAUGGAUUUGCUUAUUUUAGAAGACGACAGAUAAAUAAAAUCCAGUUGAUUAAAGGACCCAACAGAAUUCUACUGACUUUGGAGGAUGUGGCAUUUAUUAAUCCCCACAUUGGCAGUAAGAAAGGAAGUCGUGCCAGUGUAAGCUUAGAUCAUCUUCAAAGUGGGAGGUCCCCAAGGCUAUCCUCUUCUUUGGGGAGCCUAACUCCAGCUACUUAUGAACACUCCAAUGUAGCUAUUUAUGAGGGAGAUUGAGUGUGGCUAAAGAAGUUCCCUCCUGGAGAUUUUGGAGUCAUUAAAUCUAUCAAAUCAAGUGCCAGUUAUGUAUUUCUAUUGAUAAAAGACCUGUGACGUGAGAAUAUUAACCCUUUACUGGGCUUCUUCUAUGAUGUGGGAAUGUUUGCCACUGUGACAGAAUUUUGUUCUAGAAGGAGCCGAGAAGACAUGCUGACAAAUGAUGAUGUAAAACUCGAUUGGGUAUUUAAAUCUUCACUACUGCUGGACCUCAUCAAGGGAAUGAAGUAGUUACACCACAGAGAGUUUAUUCAUGGGAGGCUAAAGUCUCGGAACUGUGUGGUAGAUGGGCAUUUUGUACUAAAAGUUAUAGACUAUGUCAUUAAUGAUAUCUUAGAAAUGCUGUGAUGCUCAGAAGAGGAGCCUCCAGUAGAAGAGUUGCUGUGGACAGCCCCUGAACUGUUGUGAGCCCCUAGGGGCAGCAAGUUAGGUUCCUUUGCAGGAGAUGUCUAUAGCUUUGCCACCAUCAUGCAAGAAGUGAUGGUUCGAGGUACCCCUUUCUGCGGUAUGGAUCUGCCUGCCAAAGGUAAAAUCGUAGACAGAAUUAAAAAGCCUCCCCUGGUGUAUAGAGCAGUUGUUCCUCCUGAGUUUGCUCCUGCGGAAUGUCUUCAGCUGAUGAAGAAGUGCUGGGCUGAGGCUGCAGAACAAUGACCAACUUUUGAUGAAAUAUUUAACCAGUUUAAAACUUUCAACAAAGGGAAAAAGACUAACAUCAUUCAUUCUAUGCUUCGAAUGUUGGAACAAUAUUCUAGUAACUUAGAAGAUUUGAUCCAGGAACGGACUGAAGAGCUGGAAAUUGAAAAACAGAAGACAGAAAAGCUUCUAACACAGAUGUUACCACCAUAUGUAUCAGUUGCUGAAUCCCUCAAAAAGGGUUGCACAGUUGAACCUGAGGGCUUUGACUUGGUCACCUUGUACUUCACUGACAUUGUGGACUUCACCAUAAUCUCAGCCAUGAGUGAGCCCAUUGAGGUGGUAGACCGUCUGAAUAAUUUGUACACACUCUUCGAUGCCAUCAUUGGUAGUCAUUUUGUCUACAAGGUAGAGACCAUUGGAGAUGCCUGCAUAGUGGCCUCAGGUCUUCCAAAGAGGAAUGGCAGUAGGCAUGCUGCUGAGAUUGGAAACAUGUCAGGUAUUCUGAGCUCUGUGGACACCUUCAAGAUGUGACAAAUGACAGAAGUUCCAUUUUGAAUUCGAAUGGGUCUCCAUUCAGGGCCGGUUGUUGCUGGAGUGGUGGACCUCACCAUGCCCAGAUAUUGCCUGUUUGGAGACACCAUGAACACAGCUUCUUGAACGGAAUCAACAGGGUUAUCAUACCGAAUUCAUGUCAGUCUCAGCACGGUAACAAUUCUUCGAACUCUGAGUGAGGGCUAUGACGUAGAGCUUCACAGAAGAACAGAGCUCAAGGGUAAAGGCACAGAGGAAACCUUCUGGCUGCUUGGAAUAAAGGGUUUCACGAAGCCCCUUCCUGUGCCCCCACAAGUGGGCAAAGAUGGGUAAGUAGAAGUCCCUACGGGACUGCAAGCAGCAGAAAUUGCAGCCUUCCAAAGAAGAAAAACAGAAAGGCAGUUGGUGUGAAGCAAGCCAUAA